GAGAAGUUGCUGAAAUCGUUUUCUCCAAUAUUUCUGGCGUAAAUUCGGGAAAAAAUUGUUGAUAACAUUGAAAAAGGUCUUGCCGCAAAUUUUUAAAAGUCCAAGUACCAACAAUAAAGCUCAAAUAAUGUUAAAAUAGUGGAAAUAAAUUAGAAAAUCGUAGCUACCAGAAAAAAUCAAUUAUUAAAAUAAUUUAAUAAUAGCUAGCAGCAAUACGAUAUUUUGAAAGUGGAGAAAAAUGACAAAAAGUUAAAAACGUGCUUGUGAGAGAUAAAAAAAGAAAAUCCGUGGAAUCAAAGUUCUGUGGAUUCAAAGCACCCGAGGAAGCAAAUGAUGAAAAAUAUAUUUCUAAAAUGUCAUUUUCUAUUUACAUUUAUGGUUUUGCAAUAGCUUUAUUCAUAUUUUACUGUGGAAACCUUCUACUUCACUUACUAGGAAUCACUUAUGGAAAAAUCAAAUUGCACAAGAAACCAUGUUUACUGCCACGGGAAUCGCCCCUUCCAUCAGUGUCCAUUUUAAAGCCAUUGAUGGGCGUCGAUCCAAACUUAUCUCAGAAUCUUGAAACCUUUUUCACGAUGCAAUAUCCGUCUUAUGAGCUGCUGUUUUGCAUUGAAGACAAAGAAGAUCCCGCCGUCGUUGUUGUGCAACAUUUGAUGGACAAAUAUCCAAAAAUUGUCGCGAAUUUAUAUUUAGGUGGUUCUGAUGUGGGCGUCAAUCCAAAGAUCAACAACAUGAACCCUGCCUAUGAGAACGCAAAAUAUGAACUUGUCAUGAUAUCCGACAGUGGAAUUCGAAUGAAAGAAGAUACGCUUUUGGACAUGGUGCAACAUAUGAAGGAAGGUAUCGGCCUCGUCCAUCAAAUGCCUUUCACAUGUGAUCGCGAAGGAUUCGCUGCGACAUUUGAGAAGAUCUACUUUGGAACUUAUCAGUCGCGAAUGUAUCUCACAGCUGAUCUCUUUGGUGCCAUUUGUCAUACUGGAAUGUCAUCACUGAUACGACGCGAAGUGCUCGACAAUGUUGGUGGAUUGAAAGAGUUUGGACGUUACUUAGCUGAAGAUUUCUUCCUUGCAAAAGCUGUCACUGAAGCUGGAUGGAAGUCGACAAUCAGCAGUCAACCAGCAUGGCAAAAUUCAGGAGUUUGUGAUGUCACCAAUUUCCAGUUGAGACUCACGCGAUGGGCAAAACUGCGUGUUGCUAUGGUGCCGCAUUUAAUUAUUCUAGAACCGCUGAGCGAAUGUAUGGUGCUCGGCUGUUUAGCAUCUUGGGCUGUUAAUGUACUCUUUCAAUGGGAUGCCUUGCCAUUCUACCUGGUGCACAUUCUCGUCUGGUUCUUGUCGGACUGGAUUAUGUUGUCUGUUGUACAAAAUGGACCACUGCCAUUCAACAAGUUUAAUUUCGUCGUUGGAUGGCUGUUUCGUGAAUUUACGGGUCCAUAUCUCUUUCUAAAUGCGUUAUUCAAUCCAGCAAUUAGAUGGCGCGAGCGGACAUUCAAACUUUAUUGGGGUGGUGUGGCUUACGAGCUGAAGCAGAGAAUCAAAUCAUAGCAGCAGCAACAAAUUGUCCAAAUUGGAAUUGAUUUAAUUUAGCUUCAUUUAGUUUAUAUUUUUCACUCUGUUUUUCGUUUUUCAAAUUAAAGUAAGAGUGAUUGACAUGGAUUCAUGGGGGGAAGGGACGGGACGGGAUAAUGACGUAAAGUGUUGACGAUUUGGUGGCAAAUAAUUUAAUUGAUGGCGACUCAUUUCUAUUAAUCUCAAACACAGCAAAACUGUUUUAAGUGUUAAUGUUUUUCUCACAAAUUUAACGCGUCAAAAAAAAGUUUAAGUGAAGCAUCAAAAGUGUCUCAAUCAAUAUUUGUUGUUUUUUAUUCUCUUUUGUUGUUUUUUAAUUAAAAGCGGAUGACUUUGCAAGGUCAUCUAUAAGUCGGUUCCUUUAUUCUUACUAAUAACUCGUUAAGAAAAAAAAGACAUAAAAACGAAGAAAAAAGAAAAAUUGAAACUCUUGUUUUAAAGAGAACAAAAAAAUUGUUGGAAAAGAAGCAAAAGUAAAAAAUAAGACAAACAAAUGGUCAAUGGGAACACAAAAAAUAAGUUAAAAAUGUAAUGAAAGCAUUACAAGUCACCACACAUGGGGGAAAUAUAUUAAUGUUGACUUUCAACGUUAAGGUAAUAAAAAACCAAACACCAAAAAUUAAUUGUUAAUAAUUAAAUAAUUUUUUUCUAUUUAAUUUCUUUCAUUUCAUUUUUUUUAUUGCUCUCGUUGUCAGUAAAUUAUCCGUGCGAUUUUUAUGAAUAUUUAAUUAGAAUUUCAUUGAUCUAAUCGUUCGUACAUGUUGAAAUGUCGAACGAAAGGAAAAAUAUUUAAAAUAAAAGAAUGUCGUGUCAUUCUCCAUAAAUUAGUUAUUAAAAUAUUUCUUGCUUCACAUUCGUGCAUGAUUACUGACGCUUCCCAAAGAGCUUUUUCGAUUCAUUAGCUGGGAGUGAUUUAAGCUCUUAUGGUCUACUCUACUGAUAUUUAUUCCUUUUUCCAAUUGACCUGUAAAUUUUUUCGCUGUUCGCUUGAGUCGCGCGCGAAUAAGUAAUUAACUUUGAAUAAUAUUUUCAUCGUCACGUGGGAACGUUUACAUUGAUAAUUAGCAUAAAUUAUUAUUACUUCUACAUACUCUUUUUUUUCAUCCGUUUCUAAAGCACCAACAUUUAAAUGCUUCGGAAUUGUUCACACGAUUUUUUCAACCAUACCAAUCAGUUUGUGUAGAUAAAGAUUUUUGAAAUGAUAUUUCAUACAACAACCCAACGUUGUUUUAAAAACUAUUUAAAAAGAAAUUAAGAGAAACGAGAACACACAUUGAAAAUAUUCAAUGGCUUUCCAUGAAAUCAAAAACUAAAAAAAAAUGUGAGAUGUUUUACGCUUCGAGGGUAACAUUUAAGUUGUAAAAAUUCUUUCCAUCAAUAUUCGAAUAUUUUUUUCUUUUACAAUUGUUAGAGAUAUUUUGCUGAAUCUUCAUGAAAGGAAAUGAGAGAAUCUUUAUGUAUUUUUCAUAAAUUUUAUAUUUAAAUGAAAUGAAACUCUUGUAUAUUGCAUAUUUAGAUAAUACGUUUAAUGCUUUAGUGUUAUUUAUUCUCAAACAAACUAUUAUUCUUAUUAUUAUCUCAUCAUCAUCUUAAUUUAAGCGCCAUUAAGAAUGAAUGUAUGCAAAGAUUGCUGCUUAGGAUGAUCAUGCUUUGAGUGAGGCAUGUCUUUAUGUGGCGCUUUAUAUACAAAAAAAAAGAAAAUUUAAUGAAUAAAUAAAAAUAUUUGCCAAAUAAAAUUUAAAAAUGAUGUAAUAGUCUCUUUUUUUAUAUACAUGCAUGCGUGCAUACAUAAAAAGAAGCAAUGAUUUAAAUGCUUCAGAUUGAAAAGCGAGUGGAUGAAAAUGUCUAAUUAAAAAUUUAUUUCCAUGCCUCACAAGAAAAAUUAUACAAAAUUAAUGUUAAGGGAAAAAGCUUCAAAAUAAAUGUUUUUGAAUAAUUUAUUUAAAAAUUCAUUGAUUUUGUUAUCGAAACAUUUUUUCUUCGAAGCUUUUUCUCUCAACUUCAUGUAAAAUAGAUUUUUAAAGACUCAUAAAAUAAAAGAAAAGUUCAACAAACGAACAAAGGAUCCUCACAUACCGACAACUGGUGACACAAUAGAAAUAAAUAGAAAAAUUGUUUAUCCGAAUUCU